AUGACUUACCUAACUCACUCUUUGCUCUUCUUCUUCUCUUGCUUGUCUUUGCUUCUAUGUGUAUCCAUUGCAGGAAGUAGACCUGUUCAUGGUCCAGCUUAUUCGAAUCCAUCUGCUUUCUCUCCAGAAGCUUACGAUUUCUUUCACCCAAAAUCAUCACUCCCUGACAAUAAUCCACCAAGAAACCCACCUUCUUCACCUUCCCCUUCACCAUCACCUUCAAAGACAUCUAUCGUAGAAACAGAUACACAAGGAAGCAAAGUCUCAUCAGACGAACACACAAGCGAGAGUAGAAGAGAAGAUGGACGAGGAGAAACCGUAGGAAUAGUGUUAGGCGUUUCUUUCACAUCAUUUCUGUUAAUGGGAAUUUUCUUUGUGAUCAAGAAACGACAUGCUAAUAUAACCCGCACGAUUGUGAUCAAGUCUGAUCCUUGA